CAAACAAACCAAAUAAACUGAACGCCCAGAACUAUUCGACGCGAGCUCCGCACGAAGACAGGAGUGGGGGACGAAAUGGCAUCCCUUGCCCGCGCCGCCGGCGCCGCCGCCGCCGCCGUGAGGUCGGCGGCCCGUUCCGCGCCCCUCACAGGCUGCGCCCUCGUCGCGCCGUUGCCUUCCCUGGCGUCGCCUUCCGCUGCUGCUCGCCGCUCCGCCCGGAUCCUCCGCAGGUCGGCGGCCGCGGCGUCGGCGGGGCUGGAGACGCUCAUGCCGCUCCACAGCGCGGUGGCGGCGGCGCGGCUUAGGUCCUGCAUCGCCGUCGACUCCUCCUGCUGGAGCUCGCUCUCGCAAGGUUUAAACAAGCGCAUCUGAUCAUCGCUAGGAGCUGAGCUGCAGAGAAGUGAGGACACUGAAUUAAAACAAAGUGCAUCUUUUUGCAGAUCUUUCUAGACAUGUAACAUGUACUUUGAUUGUUGCUCUAUGCGUGUACUCAUGCCAACAAAAUGGAGCAUGGAAAAUGUUUCCUUGUACCUUGCUUGGCUCUUAUUUUGAGUUUGUCAUGAUCCACGCAAAAAACCUGUACUGACAAUCAAAAUACUUACGUUUUUCUUUAGGUGUGCAAAAUUACCCCAUUUGAAAUAAUGCCAGCAUAUAUGGUAUUACAUUUUGUA